AUGCUGGACAGGGACUACCCACCCACCACCUGGACCCGAGUCUAUAUAGAUGGCUCUGCAGAAAAUGCUGUGCGAAAUGGGGGAGGUGGUGUCUACAUACAGUAUCCUGACGGCAGUUCUGACACCAAGUCUGUCGCCACUGGUCAGUUCUCCACCAACUUCAAAGCUGAAACCUGUGCCUUACUUCAUGCUGCUCAGAUGCUGAAUGGAAGAGACGACCCAUUUUCUCACACAGUCUUCCUCACUGAUUGCCGAGCCCUUCUCCAGAGUCUUCAGUCCACACAUAUAGACCAGAUCCUCCAAGAUACCAGAAGGGAACUCCAAACACUGGGCUCCAAAACAAAACUGGUGUUACAGUGGAUCCCCUCCCACUGCGGUGUUAUGGGAAAUGAAAAAGCUGACAGACUCUCCAAGCUGGGCAGCAAACAGGAGCAAACUGCCCACCAGAUGUCAUAUGGUGAAGUCAAGACCCUUCUAAAAAAACACUUCAAGAACAUGUGGAGGCAGCGUCUGCAGAUAGGGCCUGAAGGGAAUGGCAUCUACCAGCUGAACAGGUCACAACAGGUCACUAUUUUCAGGCUGAGAACAGGACAUUGUCAGCUCCUCUCGCAUCUCUUCAGGCUGAAAAGCUCUCACACGGACGAGUGCCCAUGUGGCACUGGUCCACAGACACCAGCCCACAUUCUCCAAUCCUGUCCCACCUUCGACACACUGCGACAGCAAACGUGGCCAAUGCAGUGGACCUAA